AUGGAAAGAAUGGCCUAUAAAAUAUGGAAUCAAGAGAGAUCCAAAAAGAUUUGCCUGAUUUUAAAGAAGGAAAUAGCAAAUCUUUAUGAAACAAUCAUACUUGAAGAAAAGGAUGGCACAGUUUUACAAGAAAAAGAGGAAAUUGAGUAUUUUUCUAAUGAAAUAUUUAUUCUUGUAACAAAAAAUGAAAAUUGGAUGCCCGAAUCGGAACAAAUGCAAAUAAUUACUGUUCCAAACAAUAGCGAUACAGACAAUUCUACCAUUACAUUUAGUUCAGAGAAGUCGACCGAAGAAAGUUUGGAUACUCAAAAUUAUAAUAUUUUGUGGGAUAAAUUCCUAAUUCCAUGGAAAAGACUUCCACAAACAUUCUUAGAGAAGCUUGAAAAUACCACCCGUAAAUCAUCUAUUACUUCCAGGGUAGUAAAUAUAAUUGUUGACGAAAUGAGGGAAAUAAAAAAAACCAUCCCCAUCAAGGUUUUUAAAGAAAUAGCAAAACAAAUCGUCGAUAAAUAUUCUAAUUCAUUUCAAGAUGUUAAUGAAGAUGGAAAUAUUUUUGGUAAUGGAAUUGGAUCAUUGGUGACCAAAUUUAUUGAUCGAAAUAACUACCUAAAUCGCCUACAUAAAAAACAAAUUGACAUCAAUGUACCAAAAUUAAAGAGGCAGAAAUUACUGUUAGAGCAGGUUGUUCCAAUUGUGAAGGAGAAAUGGAUUCCGAAAAAGAAAAUGAUAGCGAUGAGAGUGAUUUUGUAG